AUGUUGACCUCUCUUUCUGGUGCACUUAUCGUGGGUGCCUUGUUAGCCGGCUCCGCCAAUGCUGGGGACCACUUCAUUCAGACUCAGAAUCGACAACUUUCAUACACUCGCAUUGAUCCUCUGCGCACCCCUGGAACUGUUGGCCCUCAUGUGCACAAUGUCGUUGGAGCAUCCAAUUUUAGCCCUGAUUCGACCACUCCUGAAAUCCUUCAGCAAUCCAAGUGCUCGUCGACCAUGGUUCAGGAUGACAAAUCUAUCUAUUGGACGCCAUUGGUUUACUACAACCACGGCAACGGCUCGUACUCGCCUAUAGUCAGCUCGACCCGCAUCUACUACUUCUUGAAGCCCGGCAACGGCACCCAGCCGGUUAAAGCUUUCCCAAAGGGAUUCAGGAUGCUUGCAGGUGGCUACAACGACCGUCGUCCUGACACUUACCCGCCUAGAGGCGAAUUGAGCUACGAUCAACUCCAAGCAAUGGAUCCUCGAAUUGCUGCAAUCAAAUGGGGUUGCUCUGCCGGUGCUGUUCAAGGCGAAGGCAAUGGUGGAUCGCUCCCCGGCCAACGCCCGUAUCUGCCCAACGACGCUCCUAAUGGCUGUGGCGUUCUCAAUGCUGGUCUUUUCUUCCCCAGCUGUGGAGAUGGUCGCUUGGACUCGGACGACCAUUUCUCCCACAUGGCAUACCCCCUCGACGAAUCCAAUGGAUACAACUGUCCCCCCAGCCAUCCGAUCAAGUACCCGACGAUCUUCAUGGAGCACUUCUACUUCCCCAGUGCAGAUCAACCUUACCGUGGCGCCAACCAGAAUAACUGGAUUCUCUCUAACGGUGACGCAACUGGUCUCAACAUGCAUGGUGAUUUUAUCAACGGGUGGAACCAAGAUACGCUCGAGCAAACGAUGCAACAAUGUAACACACCGAACGCACCUGAGGCGGACCUCCAGGCUUGCGCACCUCUUGCUAAAAGUAUCGACGUAGAGGCCGCCAACACCUGUCUCAGCGAGGGUAACAUUGCUGACGAAGAUGUUGGUUUGUUGGCUCCGAUUACUGGGUUCCCUGGAUGCAACCCUUACUGGCCCGCGGAGUCUCCUACUAAGCCCGUUUGCGUAGCUAGCAGCAACGUCGGAUUGGUUCAGCCGUCUAGUCGUCUUACAGUCGACGAGUUCAAGAUGAAUUUGCCCAUUGCCAACGGAACGUCCAAAACGAUCACCGGGCCUUCUGUUGGCAACAUGACCGACGACUACAACUACAACUACGGACCGUCGAGCUCGUAUGCUGCUACCGCGACCUCGUCGUAUGCUGACACCACCACCACCACCACCACCACCACGUCGGCCGAGUCUGCUGCUUCGGCUACCGAGACUGCUUCCUCGUCGGAGCCCAGAUCUACCGGUGAAAUCACUCCUUCAGCAGAUGUUACUUCCACUGGUUCAUCGGCAACCGGAACCGCUUCAGGAAGCGAAGCUGUCCCGACUGAAAUUGCUUCGACUAUCACUGCAUCGACCGAGGACCCUGCGUCGACUGGAGCCGCUUUAACCGGAAGUCAAGCUACUUCAGCGGCUGGAGUCUCUUCGACUGAAAGUGGUCUUGCCAAUGAAGCUAGCGCUACUGCCACAGACUCAUCUAUACUGGGGGGCUCUACUGGGGUCCCGACCUCUUCUGUACCCGCUGCGUCAUCGGUAGCUUCUGCUUCAUCCGCAGACCCUACUCAGACCACAUCUUCAGACCCCGAGCAUCCAGUGGUCACGCCUGGCAAUCAAGGCUCUGUUGCCCCCAAUGAACCAACUUUGUCUGCUACUUCGUACUUGCCGACCUCUAGCGGCGCUCCGGCUGCUGCGACCAACACUGCUCCGAGUACCGACCAGUCUGUGCCGACCAGUGCCUCGUCUCCCGAUAGCUCUGCGGCGACUAGCGUCUCUUCAACAACCAGCCCUGCCAACGCAGUUCCCACUUCCCAAAAUGCCAACACCUUGAAUCCUGGGAAUAACAGCGGCAGGCCCAAGACUUGCCGCCGCAAGAGCAACAGGGCCCGCUCCCAUGCUCGCCGCCGCCGCGCACACCAGAACCGCCUCAGCAAAUGA